AUGCCACCUGGUGAAGACACUGCCCAGAUUUCUACAUGUGCGGAAGUUGGUGCACAGGAGGGCAGGUUACAAAGAAAGCAGGAAAAUGCCUCUGGGAGGAGGCGGCACUAUUGCCAUGAAUGUGGGAAGACUUUUGCUCAGAGUUCAGGCCUGACGAAGCACAGGAGAAUCCACACUGGGGAGAAACCCUAUGAAUGUGAGGAGUGUGGCAAGACCUUCAUUGGGAGCUCUGCCCUCGUCAUUCAUCAGAGAGUCCACACUGGGGAGAAACCAUAUGAGUGUGAGGAAUGUGGCAAGGUCUUCAGUCACAGUUCAAACCUUAUCAAACACCAGAGAACUCACACCGGGGAGAAGCCCUACGAGUGUGAUGACUGUGGGAAAACCUUUAGCCAGAGCUGCAGCCUCCUUGAACAUCGCAAGAUCCACACUGGGGAGAAGCCAUACCAGUGCAAUGUGUGCGGCAAAGCCUUUAGGCGCAAUUCACAUCUCCUGAGACAUCACUUUAUUGAGCACCAAAAAAUCCACACUGGAGAGAAACCCUAUCAGUGUGAUACAUGUGGAAAAGGCUUCACCCGAACUUCAUACCUUAUUCAACAUCAGAGAAGCCACGUUGGGAAAAAAAUUCUAUUUCCACGACCCAUGUCUUAUAUGCUAGAGUUGGUGCUCACUCCUUGUUGA